AUGUCCUCGGAGGAGUUUAUCCAAACCCCUGCCACAGUGACAGCAUCAGUACGCGAAGUGGACACUUCCAAAGACUCCCCCGAAGAACAUAUAACCAUCGACAGUCAUCAGACGGAAAGAACAAUAUGGCCACGGUUCCUAUCACGACUGCGAGAGGCCUUCACCCUCGACGAGGAAAGCCAGCCUGAAGCGCAAGAAAUUGUGGCUAUGCAAGCGAGAAUCACUGGGCCCCGAUCGUUGCAACCUUGGGAUCUUCGUCGUCUGCAGCGGGCGAUCGAUGGCUUCCCCCCUCGACCGGUUGCCGACUUCCUACUUUACGUCUGCAUACACCGUGGGACCGACAUCUUUUUCUUCUUCGACCAAGGGAAACUUCUGUCGCAAAUCGACGAGUUCUACAACGACGUACAAUCCCCCCUUCGCACAGAUGCUGGCUUUAUUAGCCUGGCCCUCGCCGCCUUUGCCCUGGGAAGCCAAUUCACAUCGCUCGAGAAACCCGAAGGUUCGCAAAAUAGGUCUCCAAGUGAAGACGGUGAUCCUUGUACUAUUUUCCACCGCCAAAUACGCACCUUAAUUCCUGACUUAAUAGAGAUGCCCUCACUCUACUCGAUCCAGGCUCUGUACCUUGUUGGUGUAUACUUGAUGCCGCUUAGCGCCCUGAACUCUUCCUAUGUCUACUUGGGGCUUGCGUUGAGGAAAGCCCUGGAAUUCGAUCUUCACCAGUGUACCGACGACCCUUCCUUGACCGACCGAGAGAAUGAAACUCGGCAUAGAACUUGGUGGUCCAUAUAUGCACUUGAAAGGAUUACCGCCGUCAAGCUCAACCGCCCUCGUGCGAUUGAGCCAAGCAUAAUCACGGUUCCUUUACCGAAACCAUGCCCACCCAUAGACACGGAACAAAAGUUCGACAACUUGAUCCAGCAGGCUGCCAAUGCCAGACUUGCGAUGGUCCUUGAUCGUGCAAUUGAAAUUGGCAACUGCACGACUCAGCGUGCAAGGAUGACAUUGUACAACCAAGCUGAGGCUGAUUUGAAGGAAUGGAAGCGGUCUCUUCCCUCACACUUCAAAGUCUUCAAAGUUCACCCAAAAGAAUCGUCCUAUCGGGGUAUCUUCCACCUCUAUCUGAACUACUACUACGCAUGGAUAGCUAUGGGUAAAUCAUAUACUGUCACUGUCGUCCGGUACUAUUUGCGUACCCGCCUAGGAGCCACGAGUAACCUAGAGACGAACAGUGACAAGCCCGACGAAUCUGUGUAUGCUCUCUCUUCGGCCUGCAUUAGGGCGGCAAGGAAGAUGCUGCAUCUGUUUGAGAGCAUCGCCACCACCGGAAACAUGACGAGGUUCUCAUUUACCGACUUCCAGGGCUGCAGCAUUGCUACAAUCGUGACUAUACUAGCGGGUAUCAUAGAAAGGAACUCGGAUUAUGAAGCCUUGGUAGAAUUUGGGCUCAGUUGCCUUAAGAAAAUGUCUGCUGGGAUUGUGACAGCACAGAUUGGCGUGCGGUUCGUUGAGGCACUGCAGAAGAUUGCAGACGAGGCCGUCGCAAAGCUCUACGCAGCAGGCCAGAGCCCCCAGCCGCCGCUGUCUGUUGGCACACCUGCAACGGCAGCCGAUUAUAAUCGGUGGGCUCAGUGGUUGUCCCGCGCAAACCAUCAGCCUCGUGGCGACUCUUCAUCGCCGCCACCGCGAGCUGAAGCGUCAAGUAUCCUGCAGCAAGACGACUCGAUAUCUCCCUACGAUCCCGUUGUCGAGAGAACCAACACUUGGGUGCCCACACAGCCUUUACUAACGGAACCAUCUCUCACUGCAACCACCUCCACCGAAUUCUCAGAGGCUCCCUUAUUGCAAGGCUUCCAGACAGGAGAAGGGCUCUUCCCGUUAGCAGGGUUUGGCGAUGAGCAAACGUUCCUGAUGGAGCUAACAGGGAUGGAUGUGUUGGACUUUAGUCAGAUGUAA